UAUAUAUAUAUAUAUAUAUAUAUGUCUUUUAUAUAUGUUCCCUCAAACUCAUGCUAUUUCCAAGAUCAUUAUUCAUAUCCAUGCUUCACACUCUUUCUUGAAAACUUCUUUCUUUCUUAUAAAGAGUUGAUCAUAUAGCAUUUGAGAUGGGUGAGGUUGAGAAAAGGCAAAUAGGUCAAGAAAUGGGAUUAAAAGAGGAGGAUAAGAAUGGAGUUCAAUGGGAUUUAAUGGAAACUAAAGAUGGUGUUUGUAGAUACGACAUUAGUGAAUCGGAUUCGGAGGAUUUAGACGAGUCGUCUUCUUCAUCGGAAACGAUAGAAGAUGCAUCUUCGUCUUCUUCAUCGUUGUCGUCGUAUGGUCCUUUGUUUGAACUAUCCGAGCUCAUGGCAGAAUUGCCUAUCAAAAGGGGUAUAUCAAAGUUCUAUCAAGGGAAAUCUGAAUCAUUUGCAUCACUAACAAGUGUGAAAAGCAUUGAAGAUCUUGCAAAGAAAGGGAAGUAUUCUUGUAGAUCAAGAAGAUCCAUGAAAAGUAGCUAUGGAGGUGGUCAACAUCAAAGAUUGAGUCCAAAAGCCACCAUAGGCAAGAACAAGAAGGCUUCUAUGUUUUCUUCACUAGGAAAGAUGAGUUCUUUAAUGGCUAAUUAAGCUCAAUGGUUUUGGCCUUUGGUACAAAUUGUGGCUACCCAUUCUAGGGUUUUUUUUAUCUUCAAUAUAUGGACUUGAAGCUUGUAAUCUUUUGAUUUGGACCAAUUUGGGUUCUUUUUUGGUAUAUUAUACCUAUUUGGUUUCAUUAAAAAGUACCAAGAGUAUUUGCAAAU